AUGUUUCAAAAAUUCGUAUUCGUUCAGGAGCAUGCCAUGGGCUACCUCAAGGGCACAUGGGAAUCACUUCGGGGCCUCCAUGUUUACCUCGAUACUGAGACUCAUAUUCAAUAUGCAUCUUUAUGGAUCAUCCCUUGCAUUCACCUUCAUGCAUUCAGCUUGGGACAUCAAAAGGGAGUCAAUAUAUCACAAGACCAAUUUUUCCAUCGUGGACUACAGAUCUUGGCUGAGGAGACUUGUCAAGAUGCUGAGCUACAAGAGGCCAUCGAGCAAAGGGCAAAUGCAGAGGAAGAAGGGAGAGAAUAUUCCAGAGAUAUCACACUAUUAGAAGGUAAACUGAAGUGA